AUGUCGCUCCAUCAAGAGCUCCUUCGUCGAUGGUAUUCUGUGAUGAAUCCUAGCAGUGUGAAGUCUGCGUCCGUACUGGUCAUCGAAGACACUUCUAAUCCAAGGGAACGCCUGGCGGGCCCGCUUGCCCGCCCCGUCCCCGGGACGCCCCCUGGCGGGGCCUUCUGCCCUCCCGUCCCCGGGACGCCUGGGCGGGGCCGCUGCCCGGCCCGUCCCCGGGACGCCCUGGCGGGACCCUCUGCCCGCCAGUCCCCCCGGGACGCCUGGAGGGCGGCCGCUGCCCCGACCCGCUCCCCUGGGACGCCAGGCCGGUGCCGAUUGACCCGGCCCCGUCCCCCGGGACGCCUGGGCCGGGGCACGCCUGCCCGCUACCCGUCCCCGGGACCGCCUUGGGGGGGAGAUGGCCCGGCCCGGUCCCCGUCCCGGGGACGCGCCUGGGCGGGCCGCUUGCCCGACCCGUCUUUCCCCGGGACGGCCUGGCUGGGCCUCUGCCCGCCCGGGUUCCCCGGGACGCCCUGGCGGGCCACUUGCCCGCCCGUUGCCCCGGGGGGACGUAUUGGCGGGCUGGGAUGGGCCCGGCCCGUCCCCGGGAAAGCCCCUGGCGGGCGGAGGGGCCCGCCCGUCCGCCCCGGACGCCUGGCGGGCGGAGGGGCCCGCCCCCGUCCCCGGGACCGCCUGGCGGGCGAGGGGCCCGGCCCGCGACCCCGGUACGCCAUGGGGCGGGUCGGAGGGGCCCCGCCCGUCCCCGGGACGGACCUGGCCUGGGGGGCGGGAGGCCCCGCCGGUCCCCGGGGCGCCUGGCGGGCGGAGGCCCGACCGGGUCCCCCUGGGGAACGCCUGGGCGAGGGCGGAGGGGCCCGCCCGGGUCCCCUCCCCGGGACGCCUGCGGGGGGGCAAAACAUAUGGUUCUUCUCCGGGCUGCAGGAUCGUCCGCUCUAA